CAGACCAUUUGGAUAAUCUAUCGCUCGGAGACCGGCCUGAGACCGGAUCAGUGACUGCAACACCAACACAUCAACAUACCAUUCUAGACUUACUCUGGGCGCUACGAACACUUCAAGUCCCCAUAGCAACUGAGUAAAAGCGUUUAUACAGCUUCGUCCCGCAACCCCCUCCGCCACCAAAUCCCACCACUACAUACCACAAUGUCUUCCAUUCUUCGCAGACUCCAGGGGGGCAACCUCGAAGUCUUCAAGUUCGGAACUUACAUCCUCUUCCCCAUCGGCUGGAUGUACUACUUCGGCACGAACCUCGACGACCGCUUCACCGUGGAAGGCUUCUGGCCAACCGCCGAACAAUCACACAAGAUUCCGCUCGAAAAAGAGGAGAUCGAUCGCGAAUUGAACCGCAUGCGCAUGGCCGACGCCGUCCGGCGUGAGCGGAGACAGCGGCAGACGGAAGCGGAGGCGGAGGCACAGCAGGCCCAGGCUCAGGCUCAGACGGAGGCGUCGAGGGCGGAGUGAUUGUCAUCUCGAUGAUACGGUGGUGAAGAGGCGACUGGUUCAGGGGGUACAGACCUCGGGCUCGAUGCAGCCAGCUUUGAGUCGCUUUGGUCAAUCGGAAACAGAAUCGUCUUGGCUUUGUGAAUCGAAGCGACUGGUUGAUUUGAGCGCGCAACUCCACUAUAUUGUCUUCGUCGUGGUAUAUGGCGUGUCAUACAUGCUUGUGUCUUGUCGCUGGGCUUACGUCGCGUAUUGACCAGGUCUGGAUGGGUUCCCUUGACUUCUCUUUUUUAAUUGUAUAACACUCUUCUCUGAGCAUGACUGGAGUUUUAUAUUAGGCCGAUUUUCUCUUUUAUCUUGGGGGGUUUCUUUUUACAGUACCAAAUUGAACCUGGGUGCUUGUUUACAAUAUCUUUUGCCUCUCUUUGCUAACGUAUAGUAUGUCCAAGUCGAG